AUGCCGAAUUUGGAAGCUGAAAAUCUCUCGAUCCAACAGUUGAUUGCUCUUGUCAGUUCUAAAAUAAACGAAAAUGACGGAGAGGAACUAAAGCGCCGCGAAGAUUUAAUCCUGGAGAUGGCCGAGAAACUGUCGAAAGCUAAUGAUAUCGAAGGCAGAUUAACGAAAUUAUUAACCUCGUUGAGACCAAAUCUGCUUUCCUACGGUAUGGCAAAAGCUGUAAAAUUGAUUCGUAAUGUAAUCGACUGGUGUCUCAAAAUUGGCAAAGAUUCUGAUUUUAAGCUUGCAUUAUGCAUGGAAUAUAUUGACUGGGCCAAGCAACAAAAUCGAAUAUUUUUGCGGUAUAUACUUGAAGUACGCUUGAUGCGCUUGUUAAAUGAAGUAGGACGAUACACCGAUGUGUUGACCAUGGGUGCAAAAUUGAGGAAUGAGCUAAAGAAAGUUGAAAACAAGGAUAUCCAAUUGGAGGUACACUUGGAAGAGAGCAAAGCAGCCUUUGCACUUAACAAUUUGAAUCGUUCUCGUACGGCGCUCGUGGCUGCACGGACUAUAGCCAACUCUUCAUGCAUUGAAACUAAAUUACAGGCUCAACUCGAUAUGGCAUCAGGAAUAUUGAAUAUGGCGGAAGAUCACGACUUUAAAACAGCUUAUUCAUAUUUUUAUGAGGCGUUUGAAAAUUUUGAUAGUAAUGAGGAUGAAGUCAAUGCUCGAAAAGCUCUUAAAUAUAUGUGCCUUACAAAAAUUAUGUUAAAUGAAGAAAUAGAAGUGCAGUCAUUGUUGUCCAGUAAACAAGCAAUGAAAUAUUCGGGUCGUGACCUUGAUGCUAUAAAAAGUAUAGCAGCAGCAUUUGACAAUCGAUCUUUGCAAAAUUAUUACAAGGCAAUUGAAGAAUAUAGUACGGAACUUCAAUCAGAUUUUAUAAUCCGCCGAUAUGUUGAUUCUCUUGCCGAUACGGUACUUGAAAAGGACAUCAAUCGAGCUAUUGAACCCUAUUCUCUCAUUGAAAUGGAUACAUUAGCCAAAAAUAUCUGCAUUUCAAUUGAACAAGUUGAAAGGAAAUUGGCGCAAAUGAUUCUUGAUAAAAAAUUCCAAGGCAUGAUCGAUCAACAGGAUGGUACAUUAACAGUGUACGAUUUUCCACAUGACGUACAAACAAAAACAUUCAUCGCAUCGGUGGAAGUCAUACGUGGUCUAUCCGAGACAGUUGAUGAGAUCUAUUCCUGUGCAAGUAUGCUUUGA